CAAUUUUUAACGGCAAAUCAUAUUUCUUAAUUUCUUUAUAAAAAAAAAUUGUUUCUUUCAAAAAAAGUUAUUUAUUGUAAGGUAUAGAUAUAAGUAUAAAUUUAUGGAUUCAGAUGAAGAAAUUCCUUCAUUGGUAGAUGCUGUUAUUUUAGAACCUGUCCCUGUUACCCUGAUUACUGGUUAUUUAGGUUCUGGAAAAACAACACUAUUAAAUUAUAUACUCACUGAGCAACAUAAUAAAAAAAUUGCUGUUAUAUUAAAUGAAUUUGGCGAAGGUGAUACAAUGGAAAAAUCUAUAGCUAUAGGUGAAAAGGGAAAUCUAUGUGAAGAAUGGCUUGAAUUACAAAAUGGCUGUUUAUGUUGCUCUGUAAAAGAUAAUGGUAUUAAGGCCAUAGAAAAUUUAAUGUUAAAGCGUGGAAAAUUUGAUUAUAUAUUAUUAGAAACUACAGGGAUAGCUGAUCCUGGACCAAUUGCUAAGUUAUUCUGGAUAGAUAGUGAAUUAUGUAGUGAUGUUCACCUAGAUGGAGUUGUAUGUAUCGUUGAUAGCAAAAAUUCUAAUAAAAAUUUUGAUGAUCAAGUGACUAAUGAUUCUAAUUUAAGUAUUAUUAAUCCUUUUCUGAGACAAGUAUCCUUAGCUGAUGUUAUUUUGAUAAAUAAAAUUGACUUGGUGGACACUGAUACCGUAAAUUCAUUGUAUGAUACUAUAAAUAAAAUUUCAUGUUCCAGAUCCAUAAAUGGCACUUCUGAAAUAAUAAAAACUACUAAUAGCAGAGUAAACUUGAACAAAAUUUUGGAUUUAAAAUCAUACUCAUCAAAUUCAAAUCCUGGAAGGAUUAGUCAGAUGAUUAAGGACAUAGAGAAUUUCGAAGGAAAAUCACACAUUUAUAAAAACUUGGGAACUAUUACUUUAAAUGUACCCGAUGGUAUUGAGAAAAUAUCUUUAGAUAACUUUGUAAGCCAAAUUUUAUGGGACAAAUCGCUGACAGACAAUAAAGGCAACAUUUCAGAAAUCAUCCGAAUAAAAGGUGUGAUAAGAUUUUCAGACAACUCUCUGGCCGCUAUUCAAAGUGUCUAUGAUAUGUACGAGUUCCAAACGAUUUCAAAUGACCAGCAAGUGCCCUCGGGCAGUAGAAUCAUAUUAAUUGGAAAAUAUUUGGAUAAAAUUACUUUAAAUAAUCUCCUUAUCAAAUGUAUAAACGAUAGCAAAAAAUAAUAAUAAUGGUUGAUGUUAAUAUGCGAGUUAAUACUAACUCGUAUUAAUAUUUUAAUAUUGUCGUUAAAUUUUUCUGAAAUUAAUAUUUUAUUUUCAAUCUUAUGUAUAAUAAUUUUAAAUUAAUGCUUUCAUUUAAUUGUUUUUUACAAUAAAGAUUAAUUAAUUAUUACAAAAUGUUAGAUUUACACUAUAUUCCUGAAUACAAAUCAGAGUGGAUAUGAUUUAAUUAAACCGGUAUGGUUAAAAGUCUGGCUGUGAUUAAAAUCAAUAUCAUAACGCGCUACAGUACAAAUGUGCAAGACUGGCCAUAAUCAAGUUAAUAAAUUAAAGUUAAGUUAGGUAAAUUUUUUUAGUUUAUCGAUGAUAUUUAGAUUAUACUUGAAUUCAAUUUUAAUUUAUCUUUUCUUUAUAUAAUAACUUAUUGACGUAUACAUUUUUCAUCAAAUACCUUUUAUAAUAAUAAAAUUCUGAAUACUAUAAAAAAAAUUACUUAAAUAAAAAUUCGUUCGAAAAAUA